GAUACACGCUGUAGCUGCUCGCCCGCACUGCAGCUUAACUCUUCCAGCGCCGAGGACCGCGGGAAUGGCACUUUGGACCAGGAGCUCCAAACACACCCCUGUAGACUGACAUCACUGCUCGCCGUAAGAUACACGCACACUCAAACACAACAGAUCUUCUAGAAAAGCACUGAAUGUGAUCAGCACCCGGCGUGACAGACACGCAAAGCAGCCAAUCACAGUUCAUCCAACGGCAGCAGCUGGCCAGUGGCGCACAGACAGAAGGAGAGGAGGCGGAUUCCCCAGACCCGGAUGCAGAACAUCUUUGAGCAGAACUUAGACAUGGCCACGGCUUUGCUCGCUGGAGAGAAACUAAAGGAGCUCAUUUUGCCCGGGUCCACUCAGGAUGAGAAGGGCGGGGCCUUGGCUGGCCUUAUGGUCCAGCUGAAACUGGAGCUGCCCUUCGACCGUGUGGUUACCAUCGGCACCGUCAUCAUCCCCAUCCUCCUAGUCACCCUAGUCUUCACACGCAACUUUGCAGAGGAGUCCAUAUAUUGCUAUACUCCAAGCAACUUCACACGUGACCAGGCUCUGUAUGCACGUGGCUACUGCUGGACAGAGCUGCGGGACGCCAUCCCUGGGGUGGAGACGACCGUUCGGCCAUCCCUGUUUGAGCACAAGUUCCUGCCGUAUGCCUUGCUGGCCUUCGCGGGCAUCAUGUACAUCCCCGCCCUGGGCUGGGAGUUCUUGGGCUCCACUCGGCUCACCUCUGAACUCAACUUCCUGCUGCAAGAGAUCGACAACUGUUACCACCGGGCAGCUGAGGGUCGGGCUCCAAAGAUCGAGAAGCAGAUCCAGUCCAAGGGGCCGGGAAUAACAGAGCGUGAGCGGCGGGAGAUCAUCGAGAAUGCGGAGAAGGAGAAGAGCCCUGAGCAGAACCUCUUUGAGAAGUACUUGGAACGACGUGGCCAGAGCAAUUUCUUAGCCAAGCUCUACCUGGCCCGACAUCUGGCAAUCAUCUGCCUGAGCUCCAUCCCCAUCACCUACCUGAGUACCUACUACGCCCGGCAGCGGCAGAAUGAGUUCACCUGCGCCCUGGGGGAGCCUCCGGACUCAAGCAGCACCUCCGACCUGCGAGUGAGUGUAAACUGCAAACUGCCAUCUGUGCAGCUACAGCGGAUCAUGGCAGCCGUGGAUAUUGGGCUGCUCUGCUUCAUGAACCUCAUUAUCCUGGUCAACCUGCUCCACCUGUUUGUGGUGCGCAAGUCCAACUUCGUUUUUGACAAGCUGCACAAGGUGGGCAUCAAGACACGCCGCCGCUGGCAGAAGUCACCGUUCUGUGACAUCAACAUCCUGGCGAUGUUUUGCGACGAGAACCGUGACCACAUCAAGUCCCUCAACCGGCUGGACUUUAUCACCAAUGAAAGCGACCUAAUGUAUGAUAACGUGGUGCGGCAGCUCCUCGCUGCCUUGGCACAAUCCAACCAUGAUGCCACACCCACAGUGCGGGACUCAGGCGUCCAGACCAUAGACCCCAACCUUGACCCGUCCGUCCUGGGUAUCGGAGAGUUGGGUGGGGAACCGCUCGUCAUCAAGCGACCCCGAAAAAAGAUUAAGUGGAUCCCUACCUCUAACCCUUUACCACAGUCUUUCAAGGAACCUCUGGCCCUGACUAGACUGGAGAACAGCACCAAGGCCGACAAGCCCAAACCACUGCGUCGCAAAACAGUCGCUGACACCUUCAUCGCUCCCUUGAUGGACACCAAGAGCACACAGUACCCCUUGACCUCCAAAACUGGAGAUCUAAGUGGGGUCGGCAUGGAGAAGAAGCACAAGGGGAAUUUCUCCUUGGACGUCCAGCCCUACAUGCUGACCAUCCGCAAGCCCAAGGCUGAGGUGGCUCAUGCAGAACCCACACCCCCGGACAGCAGCCUGGACACGGUGUUCCUCGAGGGCACGCACACCAUAGUACACGUGCCCUCCUCAAUCACAGAUAAUAAGGAGUCUGUCUCUGAACCAAAUCCAUCCUCGUUCUCAGGGGUGACCCUCUCCACUUCUUCUUUCCUGAAUGGCACCACUAGCAGCCUGCCCAUGACCCUCCCCCCGGCAUCCCAGGAGGAUGCUGAGAAUCAGGGGAGACCCUUCAACCGAAACCCCUCCCACCCUCUCCUCAACAUUCAUCGCACACUGUAUGAGGAGGAGGAGCCGUCGGAGCAGGCGCGCAGGGAUAGGCUGACUGAGAGGCCCGCCGGGGAGCUGAUUACUGCUGGCGAGUGCUGAGAGGCGGGGCUUGGCUAUGGCCUGCCCCCUCCAACACACCACAUCUUCCCAAAACAAUCCCGCUGCCACUCAGUGCUACUGCCACACAUUGGCCCUCCACCUGGGAAGGGGGACUGAGAGGGACUGCACAUUGCACUGACUCAGGAUCAGAGCAAACCCUCCGGAAAAACAGGGAGGCUUUCUUCUAAGGACCAACAUGACGAUCGCAUGUCAGUGUUAGCACAACACUUCCUGAAAACGGAAAGACUUUGCUGAGGACUGAGCGGAUGGUUACUCUCUCACCUUGGCUCUGUCCAUCACCACCCAAUGACAAGUCACUGGAAUGAGAAUUAGCUUCAUUAUAGGGCAGGUAAAACACCACACUGUGGUGAUUUGUCGGUGCUGAAUCACUUUACGUCUGCUAUAACAUACUAACCUGAACCAGACUGACAUAGGGAUGGCUUGUACAGGAGAGUUAAAACAAAGUGACACAAGUGCUACGUGUUGAUGGCUCCUUACCAUUGUUCACUAAAGGAACAGAGACCAAAAAGAAUCCUAUGCUACCAAGCCUAUUAUUUAUCAUGGGUCACCAACACUGACCUCACCAGCUAAUGACUAGAGUCCCUUCAUGACAGCCUUGGUCACAGAUACAAAGGACAACGGUGAAGAGCAGGUCAAGAAACUCAAGGAAGACUCAAGGAAGUUGUUUUACUUGCGUCUGGGGCAGGGUGUUUAAAGCUCUGGUCCUACAUGGCUUAAAACAUAGACUUCUAUUGUCAAUCUGCUGCUUUUUCUUCCAUAAUACAUGGCUAGCGAUCAAUCAGAAUCCGAGAUGGAAUUUCCAAGACUUAUUUCUAGAUUAAAGGUACUAUCGAAAACCUAGUACAUUUAAAUCAAUGUUUCCCAGCCCUAGUCCUUAAAUUAUAUCCUGUCGAAUUAACUUUAGAUCUGAGAUGGCAUAUUUUGACCAUUCUCCGAUGUAUUAAAUUAAUUCAAGUAUAAUAAUGAAAGGUGCCUUACUUUCUGGUUUAAAGACCCCUUUAAUAAAUCCGCAAUACAUUUGUAUUUCAUAGAAUUAUUUUGGAUUAUUUUUUAAUGAGUAAUUCAUAGUUUAAGGUCCUGUGAUAGUACUUUUAUAGGUAUUAACUAAAUUUGCCCUAGGAAAAUCCAUCUGUAUUCCUAUGGAGAAAUUUUGUCAUUGAUUUAGGCAUUGAUCUAGAUUUGUUAUAAACUGAGGACAGUCUUAAGUUGAUAUGUUCUGGGAAACAUUACUAAACUCCAUUUGGAUUUUGAUAAGAAAGUCUAGGCAAGUCAUCAGUCUGGAUUUGUGGCAUACUUUUUAAGACUGCUGCGCCAACAUUAAUGACUUCCCAAAAAUCCUCAAAUAGUCCAGUUUCUUUUGAAAUCUGUCUCCUGGACUACCUUCUAUCAGAUGAGUGGAAAUUAGUCACACUGUUAUAUCAAAGGUGAUUCUUUACCUGGAGAGAAAUUGACAAGGUGCAGCCCUGGAGAUCAUUGACAAUUUGUUUUUCAACCUGGAGCUCUUGAUCUUUAAUUGCAUAACUCCUCUACAACCUGGAAAAAGACCAGCUGGAAAACACCCCAAUGUCACGGACACAGAUUUCCAAAACAUAAAGACUCAUUUACAGGAGUCAAACAGGUUUGGCUGCUGAAUCCAAGGGGAGAUCCAGGAAAAGUGCCUGAGUCUUUCAGUUGUUCAUUCCCUACAUUUUUUUCUCUCUGCUGUUUUGCAACAAGAGCCUUAGCCUGUUAGGAACCUUGAACGUAUAAGUCCUUCCUAAAAAUAUUCUAUGAACUGCUAUGGUGCUUCUUCUACAGGGGUACAGAGAGGUCAAUUGUUGAAACAGGCCCCAAGGAUACAUGCAACAUUCUAAUAAUCUUAUUAAAAGCUGUAAGAUAUUUUAUGAAGUUAAAACUACAUAUCAAGGGGUGACAAGAAGACCAGUUUAACCGACUUAUUUGUCAGUGUUGACCAUUCAUGCUAAAGCUUAUUAGGCUAACAGUUAGUACACUAUGGAUAACUUCGAGAAGCACACAGAGACGAGCACAUGGAAGCGUCCUACAGCGAAGCUGGCGACGUUGCGGCUAACGGGAAAUGUGCAGCCAUAUUUCAGUCCCCCAGACCUCAGCGCGGCGCCUCAGUCCCGUGUGUUGGGCCUGAUGCAGAGUCAGUGAUGUGAACCUGCUUCAUGAAGCCUCCAGCUUACAGUAUCUUCACUGACUUUUUCACAUUCAGCACCAUCCAGACUUAUUGAAAUCAAAUGCUUUUACUCUCUGAUGGAAGGCAGCUUGCCAUCAGCUAUAACCUGUAUUUAAUCAAAAAAGCCUUCACCGCAUUUGCUACAACCUGCCCUGCUGAGAUAUAAAACAAUACAAAUAUUUAUGUGGAGUAGUACCUAUCAAUUAGAAUAAUGUGUUAGAGAAUCUUGUAGCGACCCCCCCCCACCCCCAACACCAGCUCCAUAUACCUAUACCAGCGAUAAUCACAGAGAUGAGGUCACCCAAAGAGCGAGACCAGAAGGAUUGCACAUGUAGCCUGAAAGGAACCCAUCAGAAGUAAAUGACCUGUAGAUAUUCACGCACAAACAUUGAGAGACCAAGAGGAUGGGGACUGUACUAUGACCAGAUGGAGGACCUAAUGAAUAAGGGACCUGCAGUUCCAAUAAGCUCCAGAAAGCCAUUUGGUGCAUUUCUUUCCAGCAAUUUAACUUCUGUCAUAAAUACGCAAGACCAGUACUAAUCACCAGAGGCUAGCGAUAACUCUCUGACUUAUUUAUUGAUCAGAGAGUGACAUCACUAAGUCUCUGUGCUUCAUUGUCAAUAUCAAUUGGUUUUUGUUAUUUUAUUUAAUAAACUUCUUCUCCCGACAUGUUAAUAUAGGUAUAAUGUAUAAUCUGUUAUUGUUUUCAAAUAAGUUGUGCCAUUUAGAACAUAUGCAAAACCUUAAGUAAGGUUUGUGCAUGAAUUUCACUGAGAUUUUUCUUGUUUAUUUUUUUUAGUAAUCAACACAGAUCCAUGGUUCUGUUUAGUGUGAGCUGCAUUCCCAAAAAAUCACAGUCUCUAUAUACAGCUGUCAUUACAGCCAGUGCCUGAAAAGUUCCACCUAAAUGUGGUUAUGGUAAAGUCCAGUCAGGAAUGGGAUAUCUUGAACUGCAAAUAUUUAGAUUAAAUCUUUUCAGUUAUAGUAAUAUUUCACAAUUUUCUUCUAAUACAAAAUUUACAUUUUGACCAGGAUGAAAACUUUAAUUUUCCAAGUUCUUUCCCCAAGUUCAUGCCCAGCUGGCUACAUGAGUGAAUCUGAAUUACUGUUUAAAACUCCAGUGAACCUCCAGCUUCAAUUUUGUGAAUUUAAGGAUUCCGGUUUUCAAUACUGGAUUAUGCUUAUAAUCUCAAUUCAUGAUUUACAGUCUAAACCCUUUAAACUGAAUUUGAAAAUUUCCCAUUCACUGGAACUGAACUGCAAUCAGAUCAAUCGAACUGAUCAUGACCAGCCAGUGGCACAAGACGCAGGUCUCUAGCAUGACAGGAGUUCAUUUUAAUUUUUAUCUUACUUACAGUUUUCUAACUGCACAGUUCACUGCCUCAUGCGCAGGGUAAAUUUUUACCUUUCGGGAUAGUGUGCCAAAAGUUGUUUAGAUGGAUAUUGUUUGCGUGUCCUGUGAGCUGUGGACCCAUUGGAGUGUUUGGAAAGGAUAAUACUGGCAUCACAAAUGACGCAGCAAUGUCUGCAGUGAGUCAGUGGUCAGCUAGCUAUCAUCCAGAACUAUUUAAGCACAUUGUGCAGUUAUGGGCACUUUAAACAUGAAUUGUAGCACAAAUGUAUAGGCGUGUAUGUGUAAGUGCACGUAGGCACACAACAGUAACUAUGGUCCGAGUAUUACCUCCCUGCGUUGACUGAUUUGGUUAUCAAAUUGUAACCAAAGAAAGGAGGGGUAUCACACUGGA